AGUUCACAACCCUCACCCCAAAAAAGUUUGUCCUGACAAUUUUUUGAACUUGUGGCUUCUUCAACCUUAAGGCAUUAAUGGCGGUGUAUCGUCUGCGGGUCACAAGCAGUGGAUGGCUCAGCGGCCCUUACUUAUAUUAAGUUCCUUCUCUUCUCCUGCCAGUGUCGCAGCUCUUAGUACACGUACAUUAAGGCCACAUCUACAAUUCCCUGAAAAGACCAUCCCUGUCAUCAAAAGUUCCAAGAUGGAAAACAAAAAGAAACACAAAGUCCUCUUGGCAUUGGACUUCGAUCACACAGUCAUAGAUAACAAUAGUGAUACUUACAUAUACAAGCUUGCUCCAGGUCACAAGAUUCCCGAGGACCUGAAGGUGUUGUACCGCAAGGAUGGCUGGACGCAGUACAUGGGCGAGGUGUUCAAAUUCCUGCACAGAAACGGCAUUACGGAAGAAAAUAUGCGUAGUUGUUUGAAUGAAAUACAUUUGACAGAUGGCAUGAAGGAGUUGCUGACUGGUCUUCCCAGGGAUUUAACAGAGUUUAUCAUAAUUUCUGAUGCUAAUUCUGUUUUUAUUGACCACAUUCUUAAACACUGUGAGUUGAGGGACAUGUUCAGUGAGUUGUUUACAAACCCGGCGCAGUUUGAUGAAAAUGGGUGUCUGAGUAUUCAGAUGUACCACCAUCAAGACUGGUGUACCCUGAGCACCAAAAACCUCUGUAAGGGCGACAUACUGGCCAACUACAUCAAACUUCGUGAAAGUGAAAAUAUUACCUUCUCUACCAUCGCCUAUGUUGGUGAUGGAACGAACGACUUCUGUCCGAGCUUGCGACUUAAGGAAUGCGAUGUAGUUUUUCCUCGUUGUGGAUAUAACUUGUUAAACUACAUAGUAAAAAUGGAAGCGGAAAAGGGAAUGAAAAUUGACGCAGACGUCUGCCCAUGGGACACGGGAAAAGAUAUUCUUGAGCGAUUAUUGAUGUGCUACAGUGAGGUUGAUACUGCAGGGGUACCUAAACCCAGACUUAAAGCUCCUGCACAGAUAUUUUAAAUGCUCUUUGAUGUUUGUAGUAAUUUAUAUAUGAGAACAUAAUUUACAGCGUCGAACCAAUAAGCGUGGAUAAAAAGAGUUGGUGUUUACUCCCGGUUUAAGCUACCUGCAAGAGUUAAACAAUAGUGCUCUUACAUCUUUAUAUGUUUUCUCAUUUUUACUUUAGUACAGUAUAGGUUUUAUACACUAUACAUACUGUAAUUCUCUGGAGUAAUUUUGUUAUACCUGUAUAUACUGUCAUGGUCACACAUAUUUAAUACUUAGGACAGAGCCGCUAUUUAUAUAGUUUUUCAUUCCUUAUAACUUGUGUAUAAAUUCAAGAAGGAAGCUUGAUAACAGGGAGGCACAUGCUCCUUGUACCCUCCCUGGGUAUACUGCUGCCAUUUCUACUAGCAUAAUGAGAGAAAUCCCAAUUACAGUACAGUACCUAAUUUUUAUUCUGGUCAAAUUUGUUAAUGGUCUGUACAGUACAGUUCAUGUAUUCCAAGUUUCAAUGCAAAUAGUACUGCAAGUAUGAGAAUUUUAUAGUGUGAACCUUCCUUUAUGUCAUCCAGAUGAAAUGUAUCAUAAGUAGAAGGUUUUACUUGUUUAAAUGUGGGGUUCAGGAAAGUUAAUUUUAUGUACAUUAUUCCCCUGUAUCAUAUUACAUUAUAUUAAUGUUAGUAUUUUAUUCUGAUAUGUACUUAACAGAUUAUGUUAUAAGUCUGCACUAGAGCUGGGUGAUGCCAAUUUUAAUGUCUAGCAAUAAUUGCCAGAUAAUGGUUAGUAUACUGUAAUUAUCAUAAGAAGCUUUAAUAACAAAUAAUAUCUAUUCACAAGGUUUACUAUAAUUUACUAUACAUCAGUAAUCGCUUUUGUGUCAUUGGGUGUGCGAAGAACUGCAUGGAAUGGAUAUUGGGUUAGAGCAUAAGUAUUUUUUGAUAUUGUUGGACUAUGUAUUAAGUUAAACCAAAAAUAUUACUGCAUCAAAUGUAGAAGACCCCUUCCUUAGGUGAAUGAGGCUGCUGGGAUACCAAACAUUGUGAGGUCAAACGGUGCGAUAUCAACGCAAAAUACUGGGGCGGGCUAAACACGAGUCCUUCCACCUGUUGUGUGUAUUGUUAGGUACAGUGAAACCUCUUUAAUCAGGACCAUACUGUUCUAGACUUACUGUAGAAUAAUUCAGCCUCCUGUUGGUCUAGUCUUGGUUAAUAUGUACUUGGCUUGGCCUGGCAUAAUCGAGUGGUAUCAGUUAAUGUUUGUCCAUGGAGAGGGGGAGAGGUCUGAUGUAGUGUCUCGCAAAUUUGAUCUUUUUUCAAACCUAAAUCACCUUAUAAAGUGUUUAAAAUGGGUUCGUAGAGAGAAAAGAGUAAAAAGAAUUACAGGUAUUCCUAAUUGUUAAAAAAUGACCGAGAUCAGUCAAAAUAUAACAGUCGCAGGAAUCAUCGUGACUGACAUAACUCAACAUUUGUGGUGAUUGUCUGAAGGGGGUUAAGGUUUAACUCAGGUAAAAGCUCUAAUCAAUUUAUCCUGUAUUAAAUGUUUAUUGUGUCCAGAAAUAUUGCCCCAGGAAUAUUAUCCCCUUUAUCUAUUCAUAUAACCCACUAUUUAAUAUAAAACUGUUUUGCUGCCAAUUAACCUGAAUUAUAAGAUGACUGACAAUUGUUAUUUUAAACCCGAUGAUUGAUUAUGGUGAUUGUCGGGAAUAUCACCCAGCCCGAGUGUGUAUAGACGUGUUUAUGUCAUCUUGAUAUCCCGAGAUGAAUAUUCCUUCAAUAAGUGCUUGAAUAUGAGUGAUUAUUUAGGUCAAUGUGUAAGGGUAUAACGGUUGCUGAGUAUGUAACACCUCCUUAAAUAUAAAGCUGCACUAUAUGGCAAUUUUUUAAUAAUAUACAAUACAGGUGCAGUUUGUCCUGUUAUCUACUUCAUUAUAAGAAAGACGUGGCUCCUGUCAUUGUAUUGUUGUCAUACUCAUAUGUAUUUCAAAACAUAUACCUAAGAUCAUUGUGUGCUUCAGUGGGGGCCAGUAAUAUAAGUCUACAGUACAGCUUACUUAUCACAUGAUGUUAGCAGUGAUUCAUCCCUUGUCUCUAGAGCUCUUUCUGUCCAAUAUUCUGAUUUUUUUUUUUUUU